GUGCGAAAUACACUACAACACGUGACGUAGGUCUCAGGUUAUUACUUUUGCUUUCUAUUCAGUAAAAAGGGGAUUUUUUUUUGUUGUUGUUACUUUUUUGUUCGUCUCCUGGAUGUCUUUGCAGGCAACACGCGUUUCACCACACAGCGCAAUUCAACGUUGACGUCAUCAUGGAGCCGAUGGUUAUCGAGGUGCGUGGAGUUCCACAGGUUCCUCCACAGGACCGGAUGGUAGAUCAGUUAAAGAUACACUUCCUGAAGAGGAGGAAUAGUGGUGGUGAUGUGCUAGCAGUGAUUUAUCCAACGUCUACUCCAGGCCAGGCUUAUGUCAUUUUUGAAUCAGCUAAAGUUCCUGGAGUCUUGGAGUGUACUCAUAUCUUGGACGUACACAACAGAUUUUAUCCAAUACGUGUAAAGGAAGCUCUUUUGUCUGAGGUGGACAUGCAAGUCGAGGCCACGUUGGAUUUGAGUAUGUUCCCAAAGCAAGAACCUGUCUUGCGUCUCAUUAAAUCUUAUGACUUUACAGUAACAGAACGUAUUCCAGGUCGUCUCCAGUUGAAGGGCUCAUUCUUGAAACUAAAGCUCAUACGAAAUCAACUCGUACAGCUUCAGGGGCAGGAGCAUCAUUAUAGUAGUUCACCCUCAGCUCUUCACAAUGGCUCUUCUUUGGGGUAUGACCUGGAGUGUAAUAGUUUGGAUCCCAGAUUUGAAUCCAGGUCUAUAUUGAGGAACAUGGAUAAAAUGGAUGCUGUAGGUCAAACUCAGUUACUUGAAAGUACUCCAUUAUCAUCUACAUAUAGAUUUUCGGGGUCUGGUGGAUCACCCAGGAGUCAUCAAAGCAGUCAUUUAUCUUACACUGAAAGAAAUGCAAGCAGUCCAGUGGAUGCUGUUGAUCAAAAAUAUGAAAGGCUGGACAGGAAUGAACCGUUUGUUCAUAGACGGAGCCUCCAUGCUGAUGGUGCAUCAUCAAUAUCAGCGAAUGAUGCAUCUCGUGUCACCCUGCUACAACACACAUCUCCAUUAAAUAGAGAUUCAGCCUCAGGUGGAUUCCCUCAGAGCAUUUACUACUCCUCUAAUGUAGGUACUGGUCAUACAGCAGACACCAUGCAACACAACACAUUUUAUAAAGACUCAGCCUCAGGUGGAUCACUUAGGCGGCGUCCAAGUUCCAGCGGUGAUACUUGGGCCAGCUCCUCUCACAGUAGCCCCUCAUCCUCCAGUGAAGGAAUGGCAAGCUUUCAGGAGGACACAGAUAUCAUAAGCUUUAUACUCACCCAAAGACAGAAUGAUGUUAAGAUGAUUGAGAAGAACUACGGUACAGAGAUUUCCCUAAGAGAUAACGAUGGGUUAACAACAGUCAAGUUUUGGGGAAAGAACAGCGAGAAAGCAAAAGCAGAUCUUAUCAACAUCAUCAAGGAGAUUAGUUUCGCAUUGCGCACUCAGGUAAUCCAUCUGAAGAAUUAUGACCAUGCUGAACGGGAACAGAUCCUUGAGAGAAUCCGACGUAAUCAGCACUCGGGUGUUGUGAUCAUAAACAGUGGUGAUGUUGUAAAGCUGGUGGGAUCCUCAAGCGAAAGCUUUGAGAUGAAACAAAAGUUACUGGGACACAAAGCUGACCAUCCUAGAGGAAGAACCAUGGAAAGGGGCUCAACACCCAGGAGAAGCUCCUCUUUACCCAGAAAGUAUAAAACUACUCACCACACACAUAUUACAGAUCCUGAGGACGCGGCACGUGCUGCAACCAAAUACACACCUUCACAUUAUCAAGACAACCUGGAUGAAGGUAAAGCUCCGCUGAUUGUUCGAGGCCCUGUACUGACUCCAGACAAGAAGUCUCAACGCAGCGAUUCAGAGUCUCGAGCCAAAAAUAGGACAAACAAGGAGAAUUCUGUCCAUCAAAACCUGGAGUCAUCGUCAUUAAGUCAAGAGAUAAAGUCCCCAAAACAGCUUCCCACUCUUGUCUCAAAGCUUUUGGAUUAUAAUAUUAAAGAUAAUUUUAAAAUACGUUCACAUAAAAAGUAAUUCUACACCACGAAAAACUGCUGUUUGCUGAUUAUAUCAAUAUUUGCUGUAAUACAGAAUGUCAACAUGAUUUAUUUCUGUAAUCUUUAAUACACACUGUUCAAAUGUCUGUUAACAUUCAGGGUGAUUUUCUAUUUUCCAAGAUCAUUGUAAUCUCACACAGUAAAUAAUCUGCAUUACACCUUCUGAACAAUAUAUUUUGCAAUCAGUAAUCAGGACAUACUUUUAUCAUGUGAAAUGAUCUGCUUUUAUUUUCCUGUGUGUUUUAUUUGCUUUAUUCGAUGUAUGUGUUGGUCUUUAUGGACCACUUACAGAUCAUGUACAUUCCUUCUGACUCCACAAACAUCCUCUCUGUAGAUCUUGCAUAAUUUCUCCGAAUGGUGGUGAAAAUUCAUGUGCUUGAUGAUCUUUCCCAGCAUUAAUAGGGUGAGUAAAAAGCACAGAAAUGUUUCUCAUUAAAAGUCCAGAGAGUGUGAGCACAUGAGUGCGCGUGGUUGCUGGGAGUUUGAGUCCACUGCUGCCAUGUGUGUCGGCCGUGACUUAGCGGGUGCUGUGACAGAGCCCUUCCUAAUGGGUUCACGCUGGGAGUCCUUACCUAAUUCUCAGCAUAAAUUUGGAUCUAGAAUGUCGCGGGCCAUAACACGACCAGUCAAAGUCCAGGCCAUAACCCUCCCAGUCACUCCCAAGUACUGCAAUCAUCUAAUAUGCUGGGAAUGGGGGAUAUUCCUGACCUGGUUGGUGCUGGAUAUAGAGGAUGAGGAGGGGUGGAAUCUGGCUUGUUGGAGGCCAUAAGGAUUUUGUCUGACGGGCUUAACAUGAGACGUGUUAAACUUUCCCAUUUUACAUGGAUCAUGUGAUGUGCCAAAAGGGUCAGCAUGUACGAAUGAAACACCAAAGAGUGCUUAAAAAGGCCACAAAAACACAUCACCAUGAGUCACCUGAAGGUGAUUGUCUUUUUACUCGGGCAUUGUGUUAUUACAUGGUGGUAAUCUGUGUGCGCACACACACACACACGCACACACACACACACACACACAUACAGUUAUUAAAGUUAUUUUUAAAUUC